GAUAAUAAUAACAAUAAUAAUGUAUUAAAAAUAAAUGCAUUGCUAAUAGUUAUAGUCUUUUAAUUUUACCCUCAAUUGGUGACCACUAAGUAGAUUCUCCCGAUAGCACACACAUACACACACACACACAUAAUGUCGGCCACUAACGGUUUGGCCAACGAUACGGUCGACGAACCCAAAUCAAUGAAAAUAUUGUUUACACUAUUGUCGGGAUCACUGAAUCUGAAGACCAAAGAGUUUGUAGGCGAAGAACUAGACAAAAACACCCGACAACUGACCAAUGGUUUGCUACACUAUCGGCCACACAAUCGAUUGGCCGACUCGUUGGCCGAACUCAAGAAAAAAGAGUCGACAAGUGUUUUACCGGCCGAACUGUUGGCCAAAACAAGCCAAUUGUUGGACUUGUCGGCCACCGAUUGUAUUGAUUUGUUUAAUUCGUAUCUUCUUUUUGAAUUUCGCGGAUCACCCGAAUCGGUCAAACAGUUGUUCACUAAUGAAAAGCAAAGCAAACAACUAUUAAACGAUUUGUUUGACUAUUAUUACAGCGAAAGACUAUUUUCGUUAUUUUGUUUGAAACAAAUCCUAAGCCAUUGGAAGUCAUCAUCAGUACACGUCUAUCAACAGAUAUUUCUAUCAUUCCUCGAGACCAUCAACGAUAAUAAUCAACUCUAUCCGAAACUUUUCCAACAAUUGGUACACUUGAACGAAACGCCUGUUCCGUCAAAACUGUCAAACGGUCCGUAUUUUACCGAUGCGUUGGCCAAAGAAUGGCUCAAAAACAAUGUCAAAGAACAGACAGAAGUCUUGCAGCUAUUGCUGCUGUAUUACAAAGGUUUUGAGACAUCGGUCGACAACAUUGUCGAGUUGUUAACACUCUUUGAACGAAACAGUUUUGGACUAAACUAUUCACACUUUACACACAAUGAUUGUGAUUUUAUCGGUAGCGACGAGAUCUUCAAAUUUAUUGGAUUCUUGCAGUCAAUGAUUAUUGUCGAAGGCAUUGACCUGAAGUGGUUGGCUGAGUGUCAACAAAAAGACAUCGAAAGUCAAUUAUUCAAGACGACUAACGUCCAACUGUUCAAGAAAUUAGAUUCAAAGAUAACAAACAUGAAUUCAUUGGUCGUCGAACACUCACCGAUAUUCUUGAUGUGGAUGAUUGUCCGCAGUUGGGUAACCACUGAUACCGACCUGAAUGAAACCGGCAGUCAAGUUGUAUCACUUUUGGGUUCAAAUGCUGUCCAACUAAAUGUAUUCAAUUAUCUGGAAAAGUGUCUCUCUUUGUCGCAAACCAUUCAACUAAAGGGAACAGUUGUCUUAGAUUUGUUAUACCAAACAAUCGGUGAUUUACUUCACUUGUUAUUCAAUGUAUUUGAUAUUGAAAUGUUAGGCCAGUCGGUUCCCGCACUCAAUCAUUUAUGUAUAAAGCUAUUCAAAAACGAUAACAUUGCUAAAGAUUUAUAUGAAAAUGGUUUGGAUUCCGGUUUGGGAUUAAUCAUUAGUUCAGCACUUCUGAACUUUCCAUUCAAAACAAAUCCUGUCCUCUGUUUUUGUCUAUCACUAUCAGAAACAGCAAACUGCAAGAAAAUCUAUGAAUAUCUUAUGAUUUUAUCCAAUUUACGGUCUUAUACGGAACCAUUUGAUACAUCACUCACCAACUAUGUUCCCACAGAAACUGAUUCAAUAUAUUCACUAAUAAGAGAUAAAAUGUUAUACAGAAAUACAGAACUAAUUAUUAAGAAGAAUACCAAUGGUUUGUUGAAAAUGGUUAGCAAUAAACGUGUAAUUGAAUGGCAAGAAGUCAAUAUCGAUGGCUGGACAUUGAUUUAUCAUCGUUUCAGACAACACUAUGAACUCAUUAGUAGAGGACAAUUGCAUCAGAUCUCUGAAUCGGCUUUUAUUGAACUGAGCGAAAUCACUACCAUUUGUUCCAAUCUGAUUGCCAACAAUUGUUAUCAACACAUCCCAUCAUUUAACAGAAUAAUAAUUAUUUGUUUAGAAACUUAUGACUUGCUAUCGGCUAAUGAAACCCCAAACCGUCUUCUAAUGGCCGCCAUUAUUGAACUGUCGUCGACUUUAAUCAAAUAUAAAUACACCAGUGAUGUGAUAAAUCUUUGGCAAAGAAUUACCAGAAAAUCAUUUAUGCCUUAUAUGAUUGGAUUGACAUCCGAUCUAAAAGAUAUAAUGAUGGGAAGCGAUACAAAUACAUCACUGUUGGGACAACUUAUAGCUACCGAAGAACGGAUAAAAGGUCACUAUGAGCUGUGUAUUGCAUUUCUGAAAUUGUUUGCCGAAUUGAUUAAAAUUGAUCCGAUAAAAGACGACAACAAUUUGAUGGCAUCGCUGGUCUAUAUUGUUAACGAAAUAUAUCCGUCGCAUUAUUUCUGGAAUUUUAAACAACAAAACGACUUAUUCAAAGUCGGAAGACUUUGUUACGAUAUAUUUGAUACAAUAUUAACCAAAAUCGACAAAAACUCAAAAUUAGGGCAAGUAUUGAUCACUGCUCUCAAAGAUGGCAAAGCAUCGCAAACACUGUUGAAUGCCAUCAAAACCGGCGAAACCAGUGUCCGGAAUGUGAUUCUUAGUGCCGGUAAUGAUAGCUCACUCGUAGAUGACGACCAAAUUGUGAUCAUUCGGCGUUCACUAUCUGUAUUAACUUCGUUGCUAGUGUUGAGUGUCGACACCAACGCCAGCACCACUACCAUCAUCACCACCACAUCUCAAGUGUCAAAUGUCAUCGAAAGUUCACUGUUUUCGACACAAAGCCAGCCAAACAUGUUGUUCGUGAUCUCCCAAUAUGUUUUGCAGCGAUACGAUCCGCAUUUGGCCACUUUGGCUGUAAAACUGUUGGAACAAUUGGCCAAAUGUUUUCCUAUGUCGAUGUUGGCCUGUCUCGGUUCGGAUGCCGAAGCAAUGCGCGAAAAUUUUCUAUUUCGUUUGGAUCAGGUUACCGAAGAUCUUAACUUUAAGAUUGCUUUGUUAAACUUUUUGUCCUCUUGUGUUGAACGACAACCCGGUCUGAUGGAAAUGUUUCUUAAUGUUGACAACAAAGACGAUAACAGCAAUACUACCGGUUGUUUGCAAACCGUUCUGGAAAUCCUAUCUGAAAAACGUGACGCCAAAUACACAUAUCCUCAUGAAUUGCAUUUGGCUUCACUUAAAUUCUUGUACACCUUUUGGAUUGGACCUCAUCUUCUUGCUAUUGAUUCGCUAAAAAAGACAACCAAUGUCUGGACAUUAAUAACAUUCCCGCUCUUCGAGAACACCACUGUUUUCGAUGAUAUUCUAUGUGUUUAUAUACUGAAAAUAUUGGCGCGCGAAGUGUUUUACGUGAAGACACUCGAAAGAGAUAAGUUUGACAGUGAUUUGGAGGCAAAGUUUAAACUACUUGGAGAUGACCAUCGACUCAAUGAUUUGUCUAAACAUAUUCAUCAGAUAUUUACGACCACCGAUGAUGAUGUUGUUGUUGUCAUCGACCAAAACUCGCGACUAUUGUUGAAUGCAUGGAAGGAAUUCAUUAUAUCGAUUGCUAGGUUUAAUCCCUUCGCUUUAAAUAAUGAAUCAAAAAUCCAAUUAAUCGAUGAUAUAAUCGAUUGUCUAUUGCAUCAGAUUCAGAGACCAACUAUUGAUAAUAAAAUCAUCGGAAUUUUUGCCGAACUAUUGCUACUAUUAUUAAACAAAUGGAGUGAAACCUGUAUUAAAUCUAAAGAUGAUUUAUUUGAAAAAUUUGAAGAUCUAUUGAAAAGUGUUGACGAAUCGAAAGAAAAUCUGACAUUUAAUGUCUUAAAUUCGAUUGAGAUAUCAGUCAUCCAGUUCUUGAAGCUCUAUCCGAAUGAAUUAAAUUCUUGUGAUUGGACCAGUUAUUCGUGUAAACUAUUGAAUCAAUGUUUAAGAAUAAUUGAAAAACAAAUCAAGAGUCCUGUAAAUCGAUUGGAAACUGAAUUUAAAUUAUCGAUGACAUCCAUCUCGUUAUUGCAGACAUUGAUUGAAGAAAACAGUUCCCAAGUGACUGUUUGGACGCAAACACUUAGAGGACAUUUUGUAUUGGAAUCGUUGGCCAAUCUAUUGAUUUAUUUAAUUGAGAACAGAAUGGGCGUUGAAUUGGCCGCUCAUAUAAUGAGUUUCUUUAUUGAGUUGUCGUCAAUACAAACAUCGGCCGAAACUUUAUAUUUAAUCGGUUUUAUCGAAAAUCUUUGUCUAUCACUUCAAAAUACUUAUAUGACUACCAGCGAGAAUGUCACCAAAAAAUGCAAAUUUAAUCUGAAUAUCAAUUGGAUUAAUGUCUUUCAUUUAUCACUACAAUUGAUGACUAAUUUAGUUAAUCAAUUGAAGCAUCAUUUCAUCGACAUUGUCAUCACUUUCAUUGCCAUACAUUUGGAUCAUAUUUUAGAAACAUUGAUAAGAGUUGCCACUUCACCGAAAAGUCAGGACAUCUACGAGUCGAUUAAAAUUGUCACUCUUUGUCAUUCAGUAUCACGUUAUCAUAAAUUAUGGCAAACAAAUCAUUUGUUAUCAUUCAAUAAGAUUAGGGAACAGAUACUAAAGACAAGCAAUUCUGUGAUUGCAUUUCUUAUUCGUCCUAAUCUAUUGUCAUACAUAAUGGAAAAUCCCAACACUUCGGCGGCAAAGAUUGUGGCGUCAAAUAUGACACCAAAGAAAGGUUUGACAACAACGCAAACCAUUGAUGGCAAACCUCUUCACACAUUAGAUCACGAGUUUAGACUUCAGUCAGUCGAUGCCAAACUAGUUGACCUUUUCUUUACAUUUCAAGCAUUUUCAUUAGCUUUUCUACAAAAUAUUUCGCCCAAUAUAUUGGAACUAAUGGAGAGACAGGGAUACGAUGGCAAUCAGUGGACACUAUUGCUAAACAGUAGCUUUUCUGUGCCAAACAUUGAUCCCAAUUUGACGCUAAGCUUCGGUUCACUAAUCAAUUGUAUACAUAUGUGCAUAAAGAGUAUAACCAGAUCGGAGAAAACAUCAGAAUCCGAAAGAGUCAAACAGAGCUCUCAGACGACUACAUCUGAUUUAUUGCCAUUAAUUUUCGAGACCACUCUAUCUUUUAUGGUCUCGCAGACAAUUGUGGCUCAACUAUCAGCCACUGUUCCCGACGUCGAGAAACAGAAGAUAGUCCGUGAAAUUAAAUCGGAACUCAGUACCAUAUUGUCCAGUGUUGGCGGAGGUCGUCAAAAACGUAUCUCACAAUCGUUUACGGGAUCGUCGAGUAGUCCGAAAAGUCCAACAACUACUCUAAUCGAGCGAUCGUUUGUUAAAUUUUUAUUGCAAUUUGUCGAAAAAAUUUCACAAUAA